GACGGACCGUGCCCGCGCGCUCUGUUGGGGGCAGGGGAUCCAGGAAGGCUCAUUGGUCGGGAAGAGACGGAGCCCGAACCGCGAGAAGAACACCCCACGCGCUGAAGCUUGCCUCCAGAAAAAGCAGGCAUCAUGAUUCCUGUGAUGGAAUUUCGGCAGUUCUCUGAGCAACAGCCAGCGUUCAGAGUCCUAAAGCCGUGGUGGGACGUCUUCACUGACUACCUGUCUGUAGUCAUGCUCAUGAUUGGUGUCUUUGGAUGCACCCUGCAGGUGAUGCAAGACAAAAUCAUAUGCCUUCCUCAUAGAAUAUCUUCCGGCUCAGUGAACAUUUGUGAAGUGAACAGGAGUUUACUCCUACAUAUGCCGUCCAAUGCCUCAGAUGUGCUGAGAGAAAUGAGAGGGAUGAAAACUAAUUUGGAUCUUCAGCAAUACAGCUUUAUCAAUCAGAUGUGUUAUGAGAAGGCUCUACAUUGGUAUGCCAAGUACUUUCCCUAUUUAGUUCUCAUUCACACACUGAUUUUCAUGGUAUGUAGCAACUUCUGGUUUAAAUUCCCUGGCUCAAGUUCAAAAAUAGAGCACUUCAUCUCAAUGCUUGGCAAGUGCUUUGACUCCCCCUGGACGACGCGUGCAUUGUCUGAGGUGUCUGGAGAGAAUCCAGAAGAAAAGGACCAAAAAAAGAGCGGAACGUCAAGGUCCAACACUGCAUUGUCUCCUGAAGAAAGCAGUCUGGAAAAGACGCAGUCCCUCAGGUCUAUUCCUGAAAAGAUCGUGGUGGACAAGCCAUCAGCAAGUGUCCUUGAUAAAAAGGAGGGUGAGCAAGCUAAGGCUCUUUUUGAAAAGGUAAAGAAGUUUCGACUACAUGUCGAAGAGGGAGAUAUCCUCUACCUUAUGUAUGUUCGUCAGACCGUAUUUAAGGUGCUGAAAUUCCUGGUGAUCAUUGCCUAUAACAGUUUUCUAGUGAACAAAGUUCAGAACAAAGUUUGUUGUGAGGUUAAGGAAAUCCGUGACGUUACAGGAUAUACAGUGUUUGAAUGUAAUCACACCAUGGCUCAUCUGUUUUCCAAGCUGUCUUACUGUUAUCUGUGUUUGGUGGCUGUCUAUGGAUUAACAAGCCUCUAUACCUCCUACUGGCUGUUUUACCGCUCCCUUAAAGAGUAUUCCUUUGAGUAUGUGCGUCAGGAAACCGGCAUCAAUGACAUCCCAGAUGUUAAAAACGACUUUGCUUUCAUGUUGCACAUGAUUGAUCAGUACGACCCGCUGUAUUCAAAGCGUUUUGCUGUUUUUCUCUCAGAGGUCAGUGAGAACAAACUGAAACAGCUCAAUCUGAACCACGAGUGGACCCCAGAGAAAUUGCGUCAGAGACUCCAAACAAACCCAAACAACAGACUUGAACUUCAGCUGUUCAUGCUGCCUGGUUUACCGGACACUGUCUUUGAGUUAACGGAGCUGCAGUCGCUCAAGCUUGAGCUCAUCAACAACAUCAUCAUCCCUGCAUCAAUCUCUCAGCUGGAAGACCUGCAGGAACUGUCUCUCUACCAGUGUGCCUUGAAGCUGCACACAAGUGCUACUUCCUUCCUCAAAGAGAACCUAAAAGUGCUUUGUGUGAAGUUUGAUGACAACAGGGAACUUCCGAAUUGGAUGUAUAUUCUGCGUAACCUGGAGGAACUCUACCUCUCCGGAUCACUCAGUCCUGAUUCUUCAAAGAAUAUAGUUCUUGAGUCCCUUCGUGAGCUGAAGUGUCUGAAAACUCUCUACCUUAAGAGCAAUUUGACAAAGAUCCCACAGUCAAUUGUGGAUGUGUCCAGCCAUCUGCAGCGGUUGUACUUGCACAACGAUGGCACGAAGCUGGUCAUGCUCAACAAUCUAAAAAAGAUGACUAGCCUGAUUGAGUUGGAGCUUGUGCGUUGUGAUCUUGAACGCAUUCCACAUGCAAUCUUCAGCCUCACAAAUCUGCAGGAGAUCGACCUGAAAGAGAAUAACCUUCGCUCCAUUGAGGAGAUUGUCAGCUUCCAGCAUCUCCGAAAGCUCAUUUGUCUCAAGCUUUGGCACAAUGGUAUCAUGUAUAUACCAGAGCAUAUCAAAAAGCUCAGCAGCUUAGAGCGCCUUUACUUCAGCCACAACAAGAUUGAGAUCUUGCCCUCACAUCUGUUCUUGUGUAACAAGCUGCGCUACCUUGAUCUAUCCAACAAUGACAUCCGAUUUAUCCCACCUGAAAUUGGAGUACUUCAGAGUCUGCAGUACUUCUCUGUCACAUGUAACAAACUUGAAAACCUACCAGAUGAAUUGUUCUUUUGUAAAAAGCUCAAAACAUUGAAGCUGGGCAAGAACUCACUGUCCAUCCUCUCACCAAAGAUUUCUUACCUCACUCUGCUGACCCACUUGGAGCUUAAAGGGAACCACUUUGAGUUCCUGCCACAAGAGAUUGGUGUUUGUCGUGUUUUGAAGCGCAGUGGCCUUCUAGUGGAAGAGACAGUGUUUGAAACUCUGCCUUCAGAUGUAAGGGACCAAAUGAAGGCUGAGUGAGGUGCCUUACUAUAGCCUUAGUGCCUAUUGUUUGUUCAAUCAAUGCAGAGCAUUUGUUUUAUAUGAAAUUAGUCAAACUAUUACACUACUUUUAAGAACCUAUGGUGUCACAUUCCUGCCAAAAAUCAGUGGACAGUAUUAAGCAAUCACAAUAGCGCAUCUUUUAAUUGAAAGAGCGCAUAGCUCUGAUUGCGGGCGUGCACCUUUAUUCAAGAGCCUUUGAACGCAGCACGGCGAGCAGUAAAACACGCCCCCUGCGCCCAUCUGUUCGCUCUCGCACAAAAAUACGCUCUCUCGCUCUGUUUAGUGGGCGUAUUUCUCAGUUGGGGGCAGAAACUCUUC